GGCACGAGGCAUCGUCUUAUAAACGUCUGAAUCUUCUCGCCUGUUUGCAGCACUGUCGUGUCUACUUUUGGGGAAUAAUCUUUAUUUGUAAAACUCGCUUGUAGUGAAGGACCCUCUUUGAUCCAUAUUGCAGAUAUUAUUUGAAAAAUAAUAUAUGUCAGAAAGGACAGCACCUAAAUAACAAAGCCGAACAAUGAAAUUGGUCAUUAUUUUAGCGAUAUGUGUUGGUUUUAUUUGGACGAAGGCAGAUUCUUCGCGUCUUACUGACAACAACAACAAGGCAACAACAUUACAGGAAAAUAAAACACCGGAUUGUUACGAAACAAGCUUCCUACGACAGAUGAUUAACCAAGAGACCGUUAUCCGCCUCGCUUUGGUCAAGAAUGUCCAUGCUCUGGUGAAUGACAUCAGCAUUUUGAAAGAAAGUUUUGCGGCAAGUGAAACAAAAAUAUCAGAACUACAGCGGACGGUUGAUGCAUUAAAUAUUCAGGUUAAUUCUCUUCAGCAGGAAAAUGGCCAGCUAAAGAAAAGUAGCCUAAUCAGUCAGGCCAAGAGCAUGGAGCUGGAAACGAAAUUUCAGAACGUUAGUGACAACGUUAGUGCUCUGCACGGACAGCUGAACGUCAUUCAAAAAGAAUCAGACGACAAAAGACAGGAAGUGUUUAACAAAACAAACGCUGUUCUCGAUGAUAUCAAAAUAGAAGUGCGAUACCUCUCGGUCACCUUGUUGGAUUUCAAGGAACGCACGGAAAUUGAAAAUGAAUCGAGAGACAAGAAAUACUCUGAACUUGAACGCCAUUCGAACACAUCAAUUGAAAGUUUGAAAGUUAAAAAUUCUUUAACAAAGGAGUUUGGUAAGCUUAAAUCAUUUGUACAGAAUCUACAGGACUCCCAAACAGAAAUAACAGAAAACAUCAACAGAACAGUUGCCAGGUUUGAUGUACAGUUCACACUGUCGGAACAUACGCAACACAACUUCUCAUCCGCUUUAGCGUCUUUGGAAACAGCUCAAACAAAGUUGUCAAAAUCAAUCGAUGAUAAGAAUAACCACCAUGCGUUUACAGCGGGUAUAUCAUCAAGUAACUAUAGUUGGACAGGAAGCACCCUAGUGUUCCCCACAGUAAUCUACAGUGAAGGAACAGGCUACAAACCCAGUACUGGUAUCUUUACAGCGCCCUCAGCGGGGACAUAUGUGUUCUAUGUCUCUGUUCAGACUGCCCAUCGAAAAUCCAUCUAUUUAGACAUAGUCCUGAAUGGAUCCAGAAAGGUCAGGGCCAUGACUUGGUACGACAGUGGGAGUAGCGUUGACAUUCACCUGACCGGAACCAACCUGGUUAUCUUACAUCUACAGACCGGUGACAGAGUGUGGGUCAGACGGUACAUUGGUACCGGUUACUACAGUUCUCAUGUUCCCUCUACAACGUUCUCUGGAUUUAAACUUAACUAGAUGUGAUAAUUACCGUUAAUAAAGCAAAAAAACUUGUUUGAAUAUUUUUAAAUCAAAAACUUGAACAGCACAAUUAUUGUUCAAUUUAAAGACUUUGACAUUCAAGAAUUUUGUUUUGUUAUUAUAGUGCAUGUAUUCAUAGAAUUUUCACACAGCAUUUUGAAUAUAUGUAAAUUUUUUAGAAAUUAACAAAAAGUUUUUCCUUGUGUAAGAGGUUAUGUGUAUUUAAGGAAUGAAUUCAAUAUUUAUUUGUUUUAUACGAUAUAAUAUGGUUUGGGGCAGUUUACGCUUUAUAAA